AUGAUUAUAAAUAAAACUUAAUCUAACUUGAAUAAUAUCAAUUUCAAUGAUAUUAUAAUUCCAAUAAAAUUGCAGCAUCCUUCAAGAAGGGUUCAAGUAUUGGAAAAUGGUAAGGCAAUGCAAUUAUUGAAAAGCUAUCAAAAAAUUCCAUAAAUAAUAACAGAAUUUCAUUCUCCAAUAAUGGUUAAUAGUAUUAAAUUAAGAAAGGACUCGAAUUAUUCAUUCCAACAAUCAUAGCAAUAGCCAGAUAAGGAGAGCAAGUAGAUAAAAAUUGAUUAGGAAAAUGUGACAAGCAAAUUUAAGUCAAUGAAUCCUUAAAGUAGUUUACCACAGAUUCCUCUAUCAGCUAUGAAUACAUAAACUAAAUUAAGCGAUUUAACUAGAAGCAGCAAUUUUGUUUAAUCACCCAAAAAUAGUGAUACAAAAAGAUCGUUAGUGAGAUCAUAAUUUAAAACGAACAGCAAUAAUCAUAAAAAUAAUCUGAUAAACAAUUCCACAACAACAGGAAGCAGUAAAGAUUCAAGUCAGAAUUAAAGCAGUUAACAGUACUAAAUUUAUGCAAAAAACAUUAUUUACUCUUAUUGUGGAAAACCAAGAAAAAGAAAAGUUAAUGUUUCAGCCAAAAGUUUUAUUGUUUACGAUUGUCUUGAGAAUAGAAUAAUUUCUUAAAGAAAGUGUAACAGGAGGAUGGAAAUUGCUAGUUUAACCAAGAUUAUGACAUUCUACAUAACUAUGGUUAUCUUAAAACAAUUGAAUCUCAAAUCCUAAGAUAUCAAAGUUAAAGUUACUAAAAAGGCCUCGGAAACCAUAGGAACAACAGCUGAAUUGAAAUACAAUGAUAUCUUGACUAUUCAGGAUCUAUUAUAUGGUUUGAUGUUGCCUUCAGGAAAUGAUGCUGCAACUCUAAUUGCACAAGCCAUUGGGACAAUAAUAUUGUUUUAUGAAGCAGACAAACGAUUGGAUUCUAAAUUAAUAGAUAUCGAGUAAAUGAGUGCUGAGGGUCAUUAUUACAAUGUAGAGUUGAAGAGUCAUCAAUGUCCAAUUGAAAUAUUCAUUAGUAAGAUGAAUCAUUAUUCAACUUUGAUGGGACAAUAAAAUACUCAAUUCGCAUGUGUGCAUGGAUUGGCCAAUGAAGAUAAUUAUUCCAGUUGUCAUGAUAUUGUAUUAUUAUCAUUGGAGUGUAUGAAAUAUGAUACUUUUCAAUAACCAUUAUACAAUUAAAAAAGUUAUGAAUGGAAAAACACCAAUAAAUUAUUAGACAAAGGCUUCUUUGGCAUUAAAACUGGAGUUACUGAUUCUGCUGGUCCUUGUCUAGCAAGUGCUUAUCGAUCUAAUGAAAUGGAAUAUUACAUUAUUGUUGUGUUAAAUUUGAUGAAACUAUUUCAUUGUUAUAACAUGCAAAAUACAAAAAGUCUUUGA